AUGGGUCGAUCUGGCCCGUCCGGAGGAACAUUAUUCCGGGCGUGGGUUCCGGGGAGCGUUAUCGCAUCUGAAGAGGCCAAGCUCCGAACCUAUCUUCGAUAUGAUAACCUCAUCUGCGCAAUCAUGGCAGUUGAGACCCCUCAGAGCACGAAGAGGAAAGCUUCGGAGGAGCCAGCUUCCCCGGAUUCUCAACAGCAAGCCAGCAAGAAAGCACGCACCGAUUCCCCAAAGAGAGAGGAAGACGGGCCGUUGCGAAAACCGCCUCUACGCAUAGUUCCAUUUCCUGAAAAGCCUGCUGUGCUCGAGGAACGACACGGCGAUAUUGAAUUUCGGGUUGUGAACAAUGACGGAUCACAUGACAGCUUCAUUGUCUUGACCGGCCUGAAGUGUAUCUUCCAGAAACAACUUCCCAAAAUGCCCAAGGAUUACAUCGCGCGACUGGUUUACGAUCGGUCACAUCUAUCCAUCGCUAUUGUGAAGCAUCCCCUGGAGGUUGUUGGAGGCAUCACCUAUCGCCCAUUCAACAGCCGCAAGUUUGCCGAGAUUGUCUUCUGCGCCAUUUCAUCAGACCAACAAGUCAAGGGCUAUGGCGCGCAUUUGAUGUCACACUUGAAGGCAAGUCCAUGCCACCUUGGAGACUAUGUCAAAGCGACAUCUCCCAUCAUGCAUUUCCUGACCUACGCCGAUAACUACGCCAUUGGAUACUUCAAGAAACAAGGAUUCACGAAAGAAAUCACCCUCGACAAGUCCAUCUGGAUGGGCUACAUUAAGGAUUACGAAGGGGGUACCAUCAUGCAGUGCACAAUGUUACCGAAGAUUCGUUACCUUGAAAUGGGUCGAAUGCUUUUGAAACAGAAGGAAGCUGUACAAGCCAAAAUUCGCGCCUUCAGUCGGUCUCAUAUCGUUCACCCGCCCCCAAAAGAGUGGAAGAACGGAGUUACCAAAAUCGACCCCCUCACCAUCCCUGCAGUGAAGGAAUCUGGAUGGUCGCCCGACAUGGAUGAGCUCGCUCGGCAACCUCGACACGGUCCCAACUACAACCAGUUGCUUCAUCUUCUCAAUGAUAUGCAAAACCACAGUGCGGCUUGGCCCUUCACGCAGCCGGUCAAUCGCGAUGAAGUACCUGAUUACUAUGAGGUGAUUAAGGAACCGAUGGACCUCUCCACCAUGGAAGAGAAGCACGAGAAGGACAUGUAUCCCACCCCGCAAGAUUUCAUCAAGGAUGCCAUGUUGAUCUUUGAUAACUGCCGCCGAUACAACAACGAGAAUACCCCAUACGCCAAGAGUGCCAACAAACUUGAGAAGUUUAUGUUUCAACAGAUCCGCAACAUUCCCGAGUGGUCGCAUCUUGCCGAUGGCCACUAA